AUGUCUACUUUGGAACAACUGGAGCUGGAAGAGUUCGGUUUCCAACUGAGACCGGCUGUCCAGUUGUUUGAUUCGGCGGAAGUACAAGAUUUGGACGCCCACUACUAUAACUGGCUGGCAAUUUCAAAUAAACACAAUUUAUUAUUUGCCUACCUUAAUAACAAACUCAAGGUCAUAGAUACGCAGGAGCUCGACAAGCUUCUGUCUAUCGACCCUGACACUGAAAGAUAUACUGUUGCAUGUUUACAGGAGUUUGAGCAAGCCGGAAUUGUUCAAAUAUCACUAUCCGCCGACGAGUCCCACCUGAUCAUCGUGAAACAAGACAUCAUAGAACAGGCUCACCUUGACAGUCUGAAACAGGGUACAUGGGCUACAGAGAAGUUAACUUCAGCGGACUCCGAGGUUGUUUACCUUGCUCCAGGCGCACCAGGUGUCUUUGCAUAUUUGUUGGCUAAUGGCCAGCUGAUGCUGUUUGAUGAAAGUGGAACUAAGACUCUCCGUCAAGAGUGUAGUUGUUUCAACUGGAUAGACAGCAAUACUCUACUGAUUGGCGUGCAUUCGCGUGUUGAGCUGCUCAAAAUUGACUCCGGGAGCUCAGAGACCAUCUCUCUUGAUGAGGAUCGCAAGCCGGUUUUUGUGACGUCCGUGGAAAUGGACAGUUGGCUUGUGGUUCUUGGUGGCGAGACCGAAGACGAUGACACGAAAUCAUAUGUUAUUACCAGGAAUGGUGACACGUUUGACAAGAGCGAAGCGUACGACAUUUGCAUGCCAUUUGGCGUAAUUCCACGAAAACUGAGCUUCUACGCUCUCCAUUUGCACAAUUGGAGCUCCACCUAUCCGCAUCUUGUAUUCCUCACUAGUUCGAAAUCCACCGAGUUCAACACGUUAACGAAGUCUCAGCAAUUGUUGCAACUGAAUGAUUCCGAUAGAGCGCAAAUGCCUUUGGACCCGGACUCGGGAGACGACGACACACCCCUUGGCCUGGUGCUUGAUCUAACAGGGAAAUCAGAAAUGCUGGAACCUUGUCAACAGGUUGAAAAGUGUAGCGCUUUGCCUAAGAUGAUUGCACUUACCAAUAGAGGACAAUUGUUGGUCUGGAACAUUUGGCUGUCCACGGACAUCAACGCCGGAAAGGUUAAUCUCGAGGCUGCUAGAAACGUGGCUAUGGCUGAAAGUGGAAAGACUGUUGCACCCCAGUCUUUGGAAAGUAAGCAAGCGGCGCCAGAACAAACGCUACCCAAGGACCCGGUUUCUUCCUUCUCCCGGAAUAAAACCAGUUUAUUUGGACAGUCCGAAAAGCCAGCUACACAGAGUCCAUUUGGAUCUUCCACAACCACAGCGUCUCCGUUUGGAAAGUCGGGAUUUUCAGCAGCUUCAGGAGGCAGUGCAUUUGGAAAGUCGGGAUUCGGUCAAUCUGCUGCUUUUGGUUCUACAGGUUCCGGGCCUUCGAACUCGUCUGGGUUUGGGCAAUCGGGUUUUGGGUCUUCUGGAUUCACUUUUGGACAAUCAAACCCUGCAGUUAAUGUCUCGUCACAAAAUACAGCCGCGAAAAAAAGCUUCGGGGCCUUUUCGUCCUUCAGUUCGGGAACGAAUACUUUUGCUUCCAAGUCAUCGCCUUUCAAUCUUCAACCUAAAGAGGACAUAUUUGCAAGUUCCGACAAAAAGGACAGUUCACCGUUUGGAGAGGCCAAGAGUGCGUUCGGAAAUACUGGUUCGAGUUUAUUCGGACAAAGCGGUUCAGCGUUCAAGUUUGGGUCCACUAACCAAGCGUCCAAAGACAGUCCGUUUGCGCAAUUAAGCUCAAAGCCAGCGGGCCAAGAGCAAAAGAAGGACAACUUGUUGAGCUCUGGUUCAACUCCUUUUGGGUCGGAAUUCAAAAGCUCUCUUGGUUUAGACAGCCUGAAACUUGACACUAAGCUUGACUCUCCAAGUCCAUUUGCAGGUCUCUCGAAGACUUCCGAGAAUCCUUUUUCGUCGCUGACGAAAAAGUCAGAAGAUCCAUUUGCAGCUUUGGGAAACAAGGAGAACGCACUUUUCUCAAACUCGAAGUCUCCUGCUUUCAACUUUUCUCAAUCAAAGCCUGAAGCGGAUGAGGGUUCUGAGAAGGCUACUGAAGAUUCUGAAGGACUGAGCGAGGAAGUCGUCGAGGGCGAAGAUGAUUCUGAUCACUCUGAGGAAGAAGAUAUGCUUGACGAGAACAAGGAUGGUGCGGAAGUGAAAAUUCCUCAAGAAGUUCCUUAUUUGGAGGAUUCUGACCUCAGUGAACACUCUGCCGAGUUGGACGGAAGCUUUGAGGAGAUCGAAAGACCAGAAAGCUUGGAAGCUUCUGCCCAGAAAACAGAGGAAUUAGAGGAGGCAGCUGAUGAUGAGGGGGAUAGUGAAGAAGACAAGGGAAAAGCGCCAGUGGCCCCUUCUGCAACCAUCCAAGUCUCUCAUUCGCGAGCUGAGGAAAAGGACGCUGACCAGUCGCAGGGAGUCUUCAAACCGGCUGAUACCAAGCACCCAAAUGAUACUGCUGAGACAGAACAGAAGUCGACGCUCGAAACGCCGCAGACCGACUCCAAUACCGAGCGGUCAGAAUCUGAAAGUGCCUCUGACAUGGCAGCCGUGCCUUCCGCUGUGGCUCAGACUAAGUCGGGAACCAAAAACACAAAGCAGGCGCCCGCAGCUGAAUCGAUACCGACACCCAAAUCUCCUCUUGUUGAGAAAUCUGUCUCUACGACCGAAUCGAGGGAGCUGGAGAAAGAUGCUGAUUUCGGAGAGACUGACAAGGAUCCAGUACCAAAAGCGGUUCCUCAGCUAGUCUCGCUAGGGUCCGUGGCCAUUCCAAAGCUGAGCUCCAACGAAGUGCUACGUGAAAUGGAGAAGAUCGUAUACCACACCGAUGCAGAGCUCAGUAUUCUGGAUGAAAACAUGAAGCUGUUCACGGAGUUUAUGGAAGACCACACAUCUGGAAAGUUCCCUCGCAAUUUUGAAGAUGACGGUUUGUUUCCUACCAGCUGGAGGCUGUCUGAGGUUGGAAAGCUUUCUGCAGUCAUUGACGAGAGCGCUGCAGAUUACGGCAAGCUGAAAGCUGAUUUAGGUACUAUAUUCGACAGUACAAGCUCUUUACUCUUGGAUUUGAACGCUGUCACAAAGCAAAGUGAUGAGAUGUAUGCUGUGCUCAAACAGCUAGAGCACGAAAAGAAAAACUCUCAUCUGGAGAAGAACUUAUCUCCGGCCGCGUCCCAAAAGCUGGAUGCCAUUCGCAAGGGAUACGAGAAGCUCCGCGAUAUGGAGAACAGUUUGCAUGCACGAUUAUUUGUUCUGAACGGCAGGCUCUUCCCGGAACGGAUUAUUGACUCGCCAACCAAUUUUGAGGUGAUCGUCUCUGGUCUUGAUGCCAAAUUGAGAACGUAUUACGAUGAAUUGAAGUAUUUACAGGAAAAGAUCAGCGAGUACAAGGCCAGAGACAAGCCUGCAAUGAAGCUGCAGCAGCAAUUCGACAAACUGAGCAUAGCGACGCUGGUCUCGCAGACUGCUGCCAAAGAACAGCUGGGCACAUAUUUGCAGGGCCGCAAAUCUGUGACUCACACGGUGGAGCUAUAA